AUGAGUGGUAACGAAGUGGGGUUGAAUGUUAAAGGAAGUGAUGAGACCAAAGCCAAGCCCAAGGAUAGAGGAGAAGACAAAGAUGAUAAAGAGAUAGAUGAAGAAAUUGUUUUAGAGGAGGAAGAGAAUAAAAGUGAAAACAAAGAAAAAGAGAAAAAUAAAGAAGUGGAUCCUGCCAGUUUUACACUUCUAGUCACAAUUGGGAGCCUAAUUGUGGGGAAGGCCUUACUUGAUUUGGGGGCUAGCAUCAACUUGAUACCUCUGUCUAUGCUCAAGAAGAUUGGGGAGUUGGAAAUUAAGCCUACUCGGGUUACAUUGCAAUUGGCGGAUAGGUCAAUCAAGUAUCUUCAUGGAGUAGUGGAGGACGUGUUGGUAAAAGUCGAUAAAUUCCUAUUUCUAGUUGAUUUUGUCAUAAUGGAAAUGGAGGAGGAUAUUGAAGUCCCUCUCGUAUUGGGGAGGCCAUUAUGA